AUGGCUGCCGACACUGCGACUUCGCGGUCGGAAGCGCCACUAUGCCCCGACCCCAGCGCCCAUGAGCACCACAACAAACUGUCGGCUCAGGCUUCCACCGCCGCGCUGUAUGUGACCAACCCGCCAAAGGGAAAUCACUCGCGCAACAGCAGCAUCCAGAGCGAGAGCAUCCUCGGACCCGACGGCAAGCUAUCGUCCAAAAGCGCCGCAACGUCACUUAAAUAUGCCAAAGCACAGGACCUGCCCAGCUUCCCCUCCUCCGGCAAUGCCUCUGGCUCAGCGGGGAAGGCUGCUAUGCUUGCCAAAGACUACAAGAUGAAAGAGCUGUGGCAACCAGAGCAGAGUGCAGCUGGCUCAAAAGCCGCCAUACUUGCAGCGAAUAAGGGCGCAAAAUUGGAUCUCUGGCAGGCUUCGGCCACUGCCGAGGGCCAGUCAGCAGCAACAUUGGCCUUUCGCAACAAGGGACUGAGUCCACAGGCGUAUGGCGGGAAUAACGCGGACGCCAAGAGCAAAGCUCUGAUGGCCGCAACUGGAGCCACGCAGCAGAGUCGAGCGCGCGCCCUCUCUACGCCGCAGCCACCACCAGAGCUUUACCCAGACCAAGCCAACGCCAGCAGGAACGCGCUCAACGCGGCUUCCGUUUCACACCGCCAAUCUAGGGGCGAUGGCUGGGAUUCUGAGGCCAACCAGUCCGCGAGGGUAACGCAUCUGGGGGAUAAUGUCAGCGGCAAGAUGUUCACUGGCAACCCAGACUGGCAGUACGAGGAAGACAAGCGCCAAUCCGCGCUCAGAGCGUCAGCUAUCACGAUGGCAAAAAGUCUUUAUGCCAAUCAGAACCGUGAUAACAUGCUGCUGGAACCUGAUGGAUCAGAUCUGUCUGCUGCAAGGUCAGCCACACGCAACCAAGCUGUUGCCAAACCGGAUAUCAAGCAGGAGGCAUUGCAGUACAUCAGCCUUCAGGACACUGCGCAUCGCUUGGCCGCUGAGCGACUAGCGAAGAUUGACAAGGACAUGGAAGGCAAGCGCUUCCGUGAACAUUACGGAUAUGGCGACAAGCCAUCGAAGACGCUUUCUUCGCGCAUGUCGAAGCGGACCUCUGGCACUGAACGACGUGGUAGACAACGAGCAUCGAGCGAGGGUACUCGUGGCCGAUAUGACUCCGAGUCUGAUUCUGACGAUGAGCGACAGGCCGGUCGGAUCCGCGCACAAAUGGCUGGACUGAACACUGCAACACGCCAGGUCGACGCAAGGAAGCAGCAGAACGACCGCGCUAAGUUGUUGGCUGAAGCAGAAAAGAGGGUGUCCGCUCGUAUGCAGGACAUGGACUCGCAGGUUUACCGCGACACUGGCAAGGUAUCGCCAGCAAUGAUCGAGGAAUGGGAGGCGAAGGCCCGUGAGAAGGCUGACCGCCAGCGCCAAGAGCGAGCUUUGAACCCGGGAAAGACUCAUAUCGGUGGAGGCCAGUUCAUGGACCAGUCCGAGAUCGAGGCCAUCGCAGCCGCACGCUUGAAGCCUACACUGGACGAGAUCAGUGCGACCGCUGCGAGCAGGCGCCAGCAUGACGAGGAGAUGCGCAUUGAGAAGGACAAACAGCAGACGGCUAAAAUGGAAGAGAAAAUGGCCAGGCAGCAGGAGAAAGAUCAGCAGAAGGCCAUCAAAAAUGACCUUCGUGAAUCUUCAAAGAGGGAAAGGGCCGAAGAAAAGGCACGCAAGGAUGAAGAGAAGCGAGCUUCUCAGUUGGAGCAGCGAAAGAGCCGGGAGGUCAAGCGU